CUCUAUAUCUCUAUACUAAAUCAUGUUUCUCUCAUCUAAACCAAGUUUCAUAAUGCACUAAACCUAAAUACAUGGGUUUGCUAGCUUUUAACUUUGGUGUCUUUCAUGACUCUAUCUCUUUCUUAAUCGUUAUUUCUCUCUCAUCAAAACAGUUCUUUUUAUUUAUUCAUUUGUCUCCUAAAUACACUAAAGACAUUAGAGGCACACAAAGGUACCUAAACCUUUCCCAUAAAAAAGGGAAUUUAAUCCCAUGCAGUCAGUGUGUAGUUAGUGUAUUUUGGAGGUCAUUUUUGUCCUUUCCUUCCUCAAUAUUAUCUCUUUCCAAAUCCAAUUAUAUACCUAUUUGAAUUAGCUGCAGAGGAUCCAGAUCCAAAAAAAAAUGGCAAUCACAGUAUCAAGUAGACAAUUAUUCAUAGAUGGAGAGUGGAGAGUUCCUAUCCUCAACAAAAGGAUUCCAAACAUCAAUCCUUCCACUGAAAACAUCAUAGGAGAUAUACCUGCUGCAACUAAGGAAGAUGUUGAUCUUGCUGUGGAUGCUGCUAAAAGAGCCAUUUCCAGAAACAAUGGUAGAGAUUGGUCUGCUGCUUCUGGCUCUCUUCGUGCUCGCUAUCUUCGAGCCAUUGCUGCUAAGAUAAAAGAGAAAAAGAAUGAACUAGGGAAGCUGGAAUCAAUUGACUGUGGAAAACCGCUGGAGGAAGCACUAGCGGAUCUGGAUGAUGUUGUUGCUUGUUUUGAGUACUAUGCUGGGCUUGCUGAAGAGUUGGAUUCAAAGCAAAAAGCUCCUAUAUCUCUUCCUAUGGAUACCUUCAAAAGCUAUAUUCUCAAGGAGCCUAUUGGUGUUGUUGCGUUAAUAACUCCAUGGAACUAUCCUUUCUUAAUGGCAACUUGGAAAAUUGCUCCGGCUCUGGCGGCUGGUUGUGCUGCAAUAUUGAAGCCGUCUGAAUUGGCAUCUGUGACCUGUUUGGAGUUAGGUGAAAUAUGCAAAGAAAUUGGUCUUCCUCAUGGUGUUUUAAAUAUUGUCACUGGAUUAGGCCAUGAAGCCGGUGCUUCUUUGGCAUCCCAUCCUGAUGUAGAUAAGAUUUCUUUUACUGGUAGCUCAGCAACUGGGAGCAAGAUUAUGACAACUGCGGCACAGCUAGUCAAGCCUGUUUCACUAGAGCUUGGUGGAAAGAGCCCGAUCGUUGUUUUUGAGGAUGUUGACCUUGAUAAGGUUGCUGAGUGGACUGUCUUUGGCUGUUUCUUUACUAAUGGUCAGAUAUGCAGCGCAACAUCUCGACUUAUUGUGCACGAAAGUAUAGCCGUAGAAUUUGUGGAUAAACUUGUCAAAUGGGCCGAAAACAUCAAAAUUUCGGAUCCGUUGGAAGAAGGUUGCAGGCUUGGACCUAUUGUCAGUGAAGCACAGUAUAAGAAAGUAUUGAAUUGCAUCUCAUCGGCUAAGAGUGAGGGUGCAACAAUUUUGACUGGUGGCCGUCGACCCGAGCAUUUAAAGAAGGGAUAUUUUGUUGAACCAACCAUCAUAACCGAUGUGACCACCUCGAUGCAAAUUUGGAGAGAAGAAGUAUUUGGACCUGUACUCGCCGUGAAAACAUUUAGCACCGAGGAAGAAGCUAUUAAUCUCGCAAAUGACACUCACUAUGGUUUGGGGUCUGCUGUAAUGUCAAACGAUUUAGAAAGAUGUGAGCGUCUAUCUAAGGCUAUUCAAGCUGGAAUUGUAUGGAUCAAUUGUGCUCAGCCAAGCUUCAUCCAAGCUCCAUGGGGAGGCAUUAAACGUAGCGGCUUUGGCCGCGAAUUAGGAGAAUGGGGACUUGAGAACUACUUGAGUGUGAAGCAAGUUACUAGGUAUACAUCGGAUGAGCCGUGGGGCUGGUAUCAACCACCUUCAAAGCUGUGAUAGUUAAUCAUAUUUCUAAAAUCUGGCAUGGAAUAAGGGUGUUUGUGUGAGAAACACCAAGUUAUCUGGCAUGGAAUAAGGUGUUUGUGUGAGAAACACCAAGUUAUGUAAUAAUAUACCAGCAACAUUGUUGUGAAUUCCCGUUUCCCACGGUGCAUUGGUUGAUGAUAUGAUAUAUAGUUUGAAAUCAAA